AUGAGACCAACGCUGCUCAGCAAAGCAUUUCAGAGCAGUGGAGGGCACGAUCUGCUUCUCGGGCCUGUAGAUCGUCGUCAUACACGAGAGCAGAUUGGCGCUGACGAGCUUCAGAAGCAAGCCAACGCGAUGCCUUCUUGCCAGACCAGUAGCUCUCGGCGACGGCGUGGGGGGGGGGACGAAGACUCGGCCGCGCGUCAAAAGCCGGCCCCAGACAAUCAAGGCACCGAAGGCGCGCCGCCUUCGACGCGUCAGAGCUCCUCCCCCUGGGAGUCUGAAGAGGUGGAUGAUGAAGACGCUUUCGCGGUCUCUGCUGCUUCGCUCUCGCGUCGCGGCGCGGUGUCGAGCCCAAACGGAGGCGCGAAGCCAGAACAGAGUCAAGAGUCCUCAGGCGCCUACUUCUACGACGGCUCCGAGCUGGACUACGCAGACUACCGCAGAUGGGCGCAAAUGCUACGCAGCUCGCAGAAGGCGGGGGGCCCGCUGCCCUCUCUGGGACGCUAUUCGAAAGCCAAGCGCGCAGCGCACGACGCGGGGGACUGGCUGGACGAAGACGCCCUCACACUCGUGCCGCAAGGAGGGCUUGACGGAGAGAAGGAGGGCGACCACGGCCGGCGGGACAAGACCGGUGCGCACGAGUCCCCCUCACCAGCUACCUUCCGCAGGGGGCCUGGCUACUUGCCGACCGGGAGGCGAUCUCUCGGAUACCGGAGCUGGCACUCCUCUCAACUUCCGGUGGCGCCUCCGCCGUCCCCUUCCCUGCCUGCCUUGUCAAGAUCUGGUGUCUCCGCUCUGCUCCUCGACACGCCCGUCUGGGGGGCGCCCCAGGCUGCGGCGUAUGCGCCGCCGCCGUUUGCGGCCAACUACGGGCGCGGAGACCGUCUAAACUGGAGCUGGCAGGACGUCUACUUGCCUCCCCUUGCGCCGGCGGAGGACGCUGAACCCGCGGAGGACUCCCAUACUACAGGCGCUGCCGCCGGUCGGUACCCAGCCGAAGGCGUCGCCAGGCUGCCGGUAGACCUAGCUGGCGGGUUUGACGCGCCGGAGGUCGGCCAGGAGCCCAGCGCGGCCGAAUCGCGAGGCUCAGGAGCCGGCGUGAGUUCCGAAGUCGGCUGGGCUUGGAAAAGUGGCUUUUCAGACUCUCAGACAAGCGUCGCCCAAGGGACGCAGCCCAAACGCGGGUCCCGGCUCGCGUCUGGCAGCGUUGACGAGGAACUUGACGUCGCUCGCUUGUCGCGUCUUCCACACUUCUCGUCUUCAUCCGGUAGAUCAGCAGGUCGCGAAGUGCCGGCGGAGGGCGCUGGGAGUCCCAGCCACUCCGCGACGGGCAGCCGGACAGCGCCCGGGGCCUUUCCGGGCGAGGGCCUUCUCGCGACGACGGGGCUGACCGCAGACCGGGUGUCCCCAGCGUCGCGGCCAGCCGCGAGGAGGGAGACGGCGCCAGCGUCUGCCUCUGUGCCCGCGGCAGACGGCGCUCAGGGGGGCGUCGCCGGCGAUUUUGGUCUCGGCGACUUCGUCGAGACCGGGCGCGAGGAGGCGCAGGAUCUCGCGCACUACGGUCUGCCAGGACCCACGAACCCAAGUUUGCUGCCGCUCGCCUGGUCUGACGGCCAAGGCAACUUUAGCCUGCUCGGCGCGCCUUAUGCUGCCGGGCUCUCCGCCUUCGCCCGCCGCCCAGCUGCUUUGGGGGGUGCGGCAGGCGCUCUCGGCGUGCAGCAGGCGCUGUCGCUGCUGCCAGAUCGAGCCCCGGCAGCAGCGACGGCAUACGCGUCGCACGGGUACUUUGGGGCGGCUCCACUGUUUGGGGGGGGGGGGACGCCGAGUCUUUUGUCUUCUUCUCCGUUUGUGGACGCGUUCAUGCAGCAGCGAGGAGGAGGCUUCAACCUCGGCGCGCAGCCCUUUGCGACGACGCACAACAACGCAGGAGCGUCGCCGCAGCUGAGCGCCGGCGGCACGGCACCCGGAAACGGCCCCUGCGGCGGGGCCUUGCGCGACAGCGACGCCUGGUGGAAGGAUACAGGCGGAACGGUGUGGCCUGAGCUCCCCGCGCUCUCUCGCGCGGAGAUCGACGCGGGCAUGAGAGAUGUCUCCGGGCACGUCCAGUUGGUGCGCGUAGAGGCUCACUUGAUUCGCUCGCAGGUGAACGCGGGGAACGCCCUGGGGCAAUACAUUCAGCAGGGCAGGCGGUACCACUUGUACGAUGUAGAGGGCCGCUUGCCGGUCAUUUCGGCGUUGCGAGGCAAGAUCCUCGGGUUUGGCGCCUACGGCGUCGUUGUCGAGUUUCUAGAUCUCUCGCGUUCCCCCGCGCAGCACGCGCAGCUCCGUGAUCUCGACCCGAGUCGGUCGCUCUCGGAGAGCGACGAGAGCCGCGGAAGCCUCAGUGAGCGCGGGGGCGGGGAGCGGACCCGCGCCCUCGCCCUUGGAGACAGUCCCCUUUCGGGAGACAAGCGCCUGGGCCUGCUGGAGAAGACGCCGUCGGCGGCAGGCGCCGACGGAGAGAGAGAGCUUGUCUCGAGAGCCCUCACAGGCAGCUUACGGCCCUCGGGCUCAGGCAAUGUCAAGUCUGCUGCAGAGAGGAGCGUGGCGGGGGCUGGAAGCCAGGGAAGCGGAUCUUCUGGCCGCAGGAUGCGCUACGCGGCGAAAAUCAUGUAUUGGGCUAAGAGCAAGAACGCGAGCGCAGAGGAGAUUCAGAGGAAUCUUUCUGACUACAUUCGAGAGGAGCUUGACGCGUUCACGCACCUGCGAGGAACAGGCCUUUCAGACGAAGUCCUGUUUCACGACUACGGCCUCGUGGUGCCACAGGGCGUCCGCCAAAUUGCGCGACUUCCCCUCCUGCUGCGGGCGAACUCCGCGCUCUUCCCCGACUCGCCGCUGCACUUCAUGAACCGCCUCAUCAUGUAUCCCGCGCUAAAGUGCAGUUUAGAUAUGGUGGCGCACAACCCGUUCACGCGCGAAGGUCUCCGCGUCCUCGUCAGGCGCCUCGUCAAACUCGUCGCGGGCCUCCACGCCCUCGGCCUAACGCACAACGACAUCAAGCCGCAGAACUUUCUCAUGGGCGGCGACGGAGAGGUCUACAUCGGCGACUUUGCUUACCUCAUCCGCCUGAACGCAGUCCAAGAGUGCAACAAGGGAUUCACGAUCGACUACGCGCCGCCGGAGCUGAUGGCGUGCGCACUGAAAAACGGGAGAAUGAAAAUGGGGCCUGAGCGGGACUCGUGGGCGGUUGGCGUGAGCGCGUAUCGCCUCGCAUGCAAAAGCAACUUCCCCUUCCUGCUCGACCGAAAAUUCGGCGCGAAGCCGGACCCCAGACAAAUCGCCGCCUACAUCGCCUCUCUGCGGGAGGACGACCUCGAGACCAGCCGGUGCGGCAACGGAGACCGCGUAUUAAUGUCCAUUAUUUUGCGCCUUCUUCAACCGGAUCCAGCGAAACGCUCGACUGUCGACGAGCUCGUCAAGGAGCCUUUCUUCCAAGACUGA